CUCAGCGCCUGCCUACGCCCACCAAGUUAUUCUGACCAUAAGAGCUGGAUCGCAGUCAGUCACACAUCUGCUGGGAGCGAGGCUGAAUACGCAACAACAAGCUCGUGUUGAAAUGUGACAUCGGCUGACUGGGACACUCUCGAGAUGUACCGAACAAUCCUGGUGACACUUGCAGUGCUGCUCUGCUCUUCAGCCUUGGUAAAUGGAGGGAAAGUCUUGGUGUUCCCUGUAGAUGGAAGCCACUGGGUCAACAUGAAUGUCAUCAUCGAGGAGCUUCACUCCAGAGGCCAUGAAAUCACUGUGUUGCGGCCAUCAGACACCUGGUACAUCAAGCCAGAUUCCCCGCACUACAAGUCCAUCACUAUAAAUUCCUCUGCUGGUUUUGAUGCAAAACACUUUGGGGCAUCUGUUACCAAAAUGUUGAACCUAAGGCGGGAAGGUGCUUCACUUUGGACCCGUAUACCUCAAGAGUAUGAACUGUUGAUCACUUUCUAUGAGAUGAAUAAAAAACUGCUUGAGAUGGUGGGGGAGAUGUUUGAGAAUACAACACUGAUGCAGAGCCUCAGCGAUGCCAAAUAUGAUUUGGUUCUGACAGACCCUGCGACUGGUGGAGGGGUGCUUCUCGGUCACCGUUUGGGUCUUCCACUUGUCUUUAAUGUGAGGUGGACUAUUCAGGGUGAGGGGCAUCUUGCAAUUGCACCAUCCCCACUCUCUUACGUCCCAUUACCAGGGACAGAGCUCACUGACAAGAUGACAUUUUCAGAGCGGAUCAAGAACAUUCUUUACUAUUUCUUUACACGUUUCCAAAUUUGGUACGUCACAGAACCAAACUACAAACCUUUUGUCCAUCGUUACUUUGGCAGUGAUGUAUAUUACAUGGAGCUGUUCCAAGCAGCAGACAUCUGGCUGAUGAGGAACGACUUUACCUUUGAGUUCCCCAGACCCACAAUGCCGAAUGUCAUCUACAUGUCAGGAUUUCAGUGCAAACCGUCCAAGCCUCUGUCCAAAGAACUGGAGGAUUUUGUUCAGAGCUCUGGUGAACAUGGCAUCAUUGUCAUGACACUGGGAACCUUGGUAGCCCAACUUCCUGAGGACAUCACUGAGGACAUUGCAGCUGCUUUUGCCCAACUUCCUCAGAAGGUGAUCUGGAGGCAUCAAGGCAAAAGACCGUCCACACUUGGCAACAACACAUUGCUCGUGGACUGGCUGCCUCAAAACGACCUCCUGGGUCACCCCAAGACCAGAGUGUUUGUAGCCCAUGGAGGCACCAAUGGUAUACAGGAGGCCAUCUACCAUGGGGUCCCUCUUGUUGGCUUGCCCCUCAUGUUUGACCAGCCUGACAACUUCUUCAGGAUGAAAGUAAGAGGUGUGGCCAAAGUCCUGGACAUUGCAACUGUGAACAAAGACAACUUCCUGGAGGCGCUCAAAGAGGUACUCUAUGAACCGAGCUACAGGGAGAAUAUGAAGAGGCUGUCCAACCUGCAGAGAGAUCAGCCCAUGAAACCAAUUGACCGUGCCAUGUUCUGGAUCGAGUUUGUCAUGAGGCACAAGGGAGCUCCGCACCUGAGGACAGAGUCUUACAAGAUGUCCACGAUCCAGUACUACUCAAUCGAUGUGAUUGCAUUUCUGCUGGCAAUUACUUUGCUGGUCUUGGCUGUUUUUAUUUCUACAGUAAAGUUUUUGUGGAGGAGAGUGUUUUCUAGAAACAAAAUCAAAAAAGAGUGAUGAAUGUGCUGCAAGGACCCUAUUUCACAUUUUUUGGAUCCUGAUUUCAUGUAAACAACAAUAACAUUUCUAAACUGCUCUAUUCUGUGUGUGGAUUCAUGAUCAUGUUAUAAACAGUCUGUCACUAGUAUCCUAACACACUUGAGUGUGUGGCUGAAUGCACUUACAAACCUCAUUUUGUCUAAUCACCUCAGUAAGAAGGUCAUGUUUCUGUUUUGCUCAUUCAUUUAUCUGUUUUGUUAGUGAACAGGAUAUCUCAGAAAUGUAUGAAUAAUUUACAAAGCAAUGUAAAGCUUGACUUUAGCCAAGUAAUCAGUUCUUUUAAUGACUUUGUAACAUUCCAGGAUUUUUUUAUAUUUUUUUCUUAUUUUUAUAAAUGACUGCACUUACUGUAAUGAAAUAAAAUAAAUGUUACACGAACUGGUA